AUGAGUUUCUUUGUUGUACCCUCGGUGUCAUACCAAACACAGCAGAAACUCAAGAAGCAUAAAGAUAAGAAAAAGGAGGAGAAGGAGAAGCAAAAGGAUAAGGACAAGGACAAGGGCAAGAGAAAGGACAAAGGAAAGGACAAAGACAAGGAUAAGGACAAGGAUAAGGACAAGGAUAAGGACAAGGACAAGGAUAGAGAUCACCACCACCACCAUCAUCAUCACCGGAGGGGUGCGGACCACAAGUUGUUACUGUCGACUGCAAGUAUACACAGCACAGAUAGUAACACCAGUUUCUCGUCAAAAAAGAACAAACUCAAGUCAGGAUGGAAUAUAUUUGGCGGAGGAAGCAACGCCGCUGGAGCAGCUGGUGACAGUAAGGGAAAUGGUAUCGAGUCGAGGGAGUCGCGCAGAUCCGAUGCUGCAGAUGCAAAGUCGUUCAUGUCCGAUAACUCGGCUGCUUCCUCCAGUACAACUCCUGUAGACAAUGACAAUGACAAUGACAAUGACAAUGACAAUGACGAUGACAACGACACAUCAGAGGCUUUUUACCCGCAACAGGCACGAAGCCCAGCAUCCCAGGCAAAUCGACUGAUUUCUUCAGAAAGCGGACUUCGUCACUCUCCAAGUCUUACUCCAUACCAUGAUUUCCAACUAAAGUCAAUGAGACACCACAGCCAUCCAGAUACGUCGCAAGAAAAGAAUCAGCUUCAAAAGCUGCAGCUGCAGCUACAGCUGCACCAGCAACUGGCUCUGGCAAAAAACAAACUAAGCGAGUCCAUUCAAAAAAGUCACACACUUUCUCCAAAAACACCACAGGUGGUAUCCCCCGAGGAAAUUGCUCGAGAAGAAGAACACCCAACCGUCAUUGCUUCAUACUAUCUCGAUUCAGAAUCGUUUAGAGUGACUCAAAGCACAGCAGGAGGCGUUUCAAAUAUAUUAUCCCAUGGUGGAGUGGGAGGAAGCGGAGCAGGAACUGUACUAGGAAUGGGAGGUGGAGGUGGAGGAGGAAUGUCUCCGAUUUCUCCGUUGACUCAAGUCCAGCCUCUGUCGAUUGUACACGGGUUUUCCCAAGCCCAGGUUUCGCCACGCACAUCGAGACCUAGGACCAAUUCCGUUUAUUCGGCAACUACUCCUCAAGUGUCUCCAGGUAACCCUAAUCCUCACUAUUUACUGAAUCAAAUGUUUCAUAGAAACAAUUCAGCUUCCAGCUUGAAUCAAGUCAACAGUUCACUGGUUGCAACUACUCCCCCAGUCAAGGAAUCGCAUCAAAAGUUUAGAAAACUAUCAUUUUUAACUUCGAGUGGCAACCACAAGAAGGAAGAUGCAUCGCCAGUGAUACCGGGCCCACUGCCAGAGGGCGAAUCGCCAGGAGGUGGGAACAGAUCACCGGCGAUGGCUUUAAACUCUUAUUUUCCCGAUACCUCGGCAUCACUGAGAAUCCCACCUUACAAGCCAGUGAUUAACUUGAGCGUUUACAACUCAACCAAAACUAUUCAAGAACAAUUUCUUAGCCCUGCUUUCCAAAUUUUCAGAUACAACAAUUUUCUCAAGAUUAUGAGCGAAUACCAUACAAGUGACGCCUUGAACUUUGCGAGAAUAAGAAACCAUUCACUUUUCAAAUUCAUAAUGCGUCAGAAAAACGGCAAAAACUUGGUUGAGCGCAAUGGGUUUUUCAACUCGGAGAACUAUACCACGUUGAACUCGACCGAAUCGGUACUUGCCUAUUUCCUCUAUGCCAAGACGAGAGACUUUCUCAGGACAUUGGUGAGACUAACUUCUCCUAAUGAAAAGUUGACGGGCCAUGAAGAAUUGACCCAGUGCAACUUUACAAACUAUGUGAGGUACUUGAUCAGCUUGCCCGAUGAAGAAACCAUUGAAGAUAAGGACUCGUUGACUGACUUGCAAAAGAAGCAUUAUGAAAUCAAGGCAAUCUUCAACACCAUAGGUUUAGCUCUAUACAAUUUGCACAAGAGAGAAGAAGACCCCAGUAAUGUCUCAGUCGAAUACAACGAAAACCCGAAAGCACUUAUAUCAAAGCUUUUGCUCGCUUGUAUUACCAAACUAUCAUACGAAUACAUUUUACUUGAAAAAUACCGGCUUGACAUGGCAACCAAGAUGCAUGGAAACCACUUGUUGGACAAGAGACAGCUCACAUUGCUAUUCAACCAGUACAAAGUGCUGAUCAGAACCCUUUCGAGGGAAAACGUCAAGGUGUUUGUAUACAACACGACGCAAUCUUUGCAGUACGGGUGGUAUCUCGCCAUCACCAUUCCCUUUGUGCGGUUCAUCGAGUCCCACGUAUACAACGAGGACCCCAACCUCAUCAACGACGAAGCAGAAUACGCCAAAGUCUUGAAAGAAACACCAAAGGAGGACUUUAAAAAAUCAGACGUCGAACUAUUUGAAACUUAUAUGAAAAAAUUAAACAUUGCAUCGUACCAGGAGUAUGACGCAAUGAGUUUGGACAAGCUCAUCAAGAUUGGCAAACAAGUUCAGGACCAGGCCAAACCGGUGCGUCCACCCGCUGCACCUAUCCCAUCAAUAGCCACCACGCCCAUGAUACCCGCUCCUUCAAUCUCAACUUCAUCACGCAAGCCCAUGAUUGAUCCACGCAGCGUCUUGCCGGCGUCAAGCUUCAGCCACAAGCCGACAAACAUUGAAUACUACGACUCCAGCAUGAGCCACAUUGCAUCCAACACAUUCAACUUGGUCCACUGUCGCGAUUUCGCGUAUCAGGCAACCGCGCAAAAUUACCGCACGUUGCUCUCCGAGUUUCACCGUAUUUUGAAGCCAGGAGGAUCCGUUGUGUUUGAUUCGAUUCAUUUCGGAGCACUAGCGUUGGAUAAACUCCACUCUGAGUUCCCCACGGGCGAGUUCCCCUCCGGUUGGACGCAUGACCCCAAGGCCCACGUCAGUAACGACGACAGGUUCCCCGCGAGGAUCCCCACCUACAUGCAGAGCUUGUUGACUGAGUUGCAUAAGAGAUUUGGAAAGGGUAAUGUCAAGUUUAGUGUCGCGUUGUUGAGCUCGAAUUUCGACCUCAAUAAUUACUUAAUCAAGUUUGUUGGGUUGAAGUUGUAUGAAUCUGUUGGCAUGGUUGAUGAAUACGUUGAAUAUUUUGAGCAGGCUGUUGAUGGAGAUGAGCUGAAGAUUAUCAAUACUUAUGGAAGCAGUGUGCAUUUUGGAUUCCAUGUUGAAGCUACAAAACAGGCUGAAAGCUGA